GUUAAGCUUUGUAUUAUUGUAUUGUUACAGAGAUAGGGCGGAUGGAUUUGGAUGGAUGGAUGCGACUGGACUUGCAGAUUCGCAAGUACCGAGGGAACAUGGCACCAGAUAUCCAUCCAUCCUUCCAUCCAGCCUUCUAUCUAUCUAUCUAUCAUUUAUCUACUUUAUCUAUACUAGCUAAACAAGCUAGGCACCAGACCAGACCAAGACCAGACCAUGCCAAAACAUGACAAGACGCGGCGAGAAAUGUCAAUGGCUCGAGGAACAUGCCAGACCCCUGAACACCUGAAUACUAGACACAAGCCACCAACAAACUAGGAACUAAGAGUGUAAAUGCCACACCGUUGGAUAUAUGUAGGUCAAAUAUGAGAGCGGGAAAAUAAAAAAAGAGAUAAAAAAAAUAAGAGUAACAAUUCAUGUGCUGUGUUUGUCUGCCAGCGCGCCCAAUGAGGAGAAGGCGGGGUGAUGGACCCCGCGUGUAGUGUGUGGUCUUGUGAUGUGUUGGUGCUUGCUGGCUUCGUUUGCUUUGCGACUCGGAUGCUAAGAUAUGCUGCUGACGAUGCUGACGAUGAUAAACGAUAUGGUGAUAUGAUGAUGAUGACGAUAACGACGAUGAUGAUAAUGCAGCGCUCCAAAUCUCAUCCAUUGUAAAGACACGUAACGUAGAUGACGGGGGAAUCAAUCCUGCAAAAGAUCUAAAGAU